GACAAAGUGCAGCCCCUGUACCAGGCAGCCGACCUCCUCCAACUGGACUAUGUGAGAGACACCUGCAGCAGCUACAUGGCCAUUAAUGUGGAGCACUCCACCUGUGUGGACCUGUACAAGUUUGCUGAUGUCUUCUCUGUUGAUAGGGUCCGGAAAAGUUGUCUGCAGUGGAUCUAUGAAAACUUUCAGAUUACCUCCAGUGAUGAGUUCUGCAGCCUGAGUGUAAAUCAGCUGACUGACAUCAUCAGCCACGAUGAGCUGGAUGUUAAAGAGGAGACAACAGUGUGGGAGGCUGUGGUGAGAUGGGUGCAGCACAGCAGGGAGGACAGACUGCAUCACCUACCUAACAUCCUCCCUCACAUCCGCUUCAACCUGCUGACCUCCAAGAACAGAGCAGUCAUCUUGGAGCACCCGCUGGUCAGAGAGGAUGCUGGGAUCUCUGAGGUCAUCAGGUCUUUGGUACAGACAGAAAACCCAGACCUGAAGCCGAGAUUUGGGAUGACCAUGGAAAUGGUCAUUCUCUCCAAUGUAGAGACCGAUGAGCUUCUCUUCAUGAACCCUCGGCAAGGGACGUACAUCAGCUGCAGCUAUGAUCCUGAAGACAUACCAGAAGUUACGGCCUUAACAGUCACCAGUGAUAACAACAUCUACAUCCUGACCCGUGAGCGAGAAAGUAACGAUCAGUACCACUUGUUUAAGUACAACCAUGCAGGGAAUGUGUGGGAACAUGCUGGUGUUUCAUCAGUAUCUGGGUUCAAAUAUUCGGAAAACUCGGAUCCUUUGCUUAGCCGCUACCAUUACCUUGUUGAAGUUGAUCAGAUUCUGUAUUACCUAGUGGUGGAAGUCAGAGUGGGCAGUACAGACGUUCAGAUGAGAAAGUACAACCCGGACACAGACCAGUGGCAAGAGUGUUCUCAACUCCACGUUGAAGCGUUUUCAUAUUUAUACUUCAGUGCAGCACUGUCCUGCGGUCCAAACCUGUAUCUCCUAACUAGCACAGACAUACAUCGCUACGACCCGCGACAGGAUCGAUGGCUCGAGCGGGAACCACAGAGGAUCAUUCGUGACGUCUGCACCGCUGUUGCCAGGGGAAUGGAGAUUUUCUGUACAGAUUUUAACUUCAGUCACACCAUGGUGUACCACACAGAGUUAGACUACUGGCGGGACCUGCCAGGGUGGCAAAACCCAGAUCUUCAGAUUGAUCAUCGUCCCAGUCUUUUUGUACUAGACAACCGGCUGCACAUCUUGUUAGAAGUCUAUGACACUGUCAAACAAGGGCCAUCAACAUACUAUGUGGUAUAUGUGUUUGAUGAUGAUGAUGAUGGUGAACUCUUCUUAUGCCUGGAAAGACUUGAAGGCCACUCUGCCUCUUAAGUCUUACAUAGCGCAUGGUUCUCAGUGCCCUCUGGCACAUAUGUAUCAACCAUAUCUAAAGGGUGCACAAAAACACAUCACGUCUUACGCUUCUCAGCAUUGAUAUGCAGCAUAAGGACACAGAUAACACAGUUUGCAGGACUGUUUAAUGAUAUUUGUGUAUAUGUGCAAUUUACAUUAAUGCUUCUACAAUAGGAGGGACCUUGUAGGUCAUUGUUUACUUUCAGGGAGCACUUUAAUAUUUGCAAAAGACCCUGCGGCUUUCUUGUACAUAUUUGUAAUGACUGGCACUUUUUCACCAGUAAUGACCAGACAACUUUAUAAAGCAUUUAAAACUAUUAUGUAUGUAUUCUGUUUAAGACCCUUCCUGUGUUGUGAUUAAUUUCGUAUUUAUUGUUGACUUGAUAUGUUAGCCUAAGUUGCACUCCAUCCUUCAGACGGGACCUCUUAAGUAAAACUAAGCACAGGGAAGGCUGGUGCCACACAUACAACUACAUGUAGAAUAAACAUGUGCCAUUUGUUAUUUUUGAAAUUACACAAAUUCAUAUAUGAUUACACCAUUUUGUGAGUUUGAGACAUUUAACAUAGUAACUU